UAACAAUUUAGUUGUAGCUAGGAGCCACAGUUGAGCAAGCUAGAGAAAAGGAAAGUGAAAAUCGGAACAUCCAUCUUGCACGGAGAGCCCCUUCACCAUGUCAUACGUCUUCAUCAACGAGUCUCUGCAGACCACCGUACCCUUGCUGCAAGCUUGCAUCGACGGAGAUCUGGGCUACGCUAAACGUCUGUUGGAGUCCGGGUUCGACCCCAACACGCGCGACUGCCGCGGCCGCACAGGACUGCACUUGGCCGCAGCGCGAGGGAACGUGGAUAUCUGCCGCCUGCUACACAAGUUUGGUGCCGACCUGCUAGCCACCGAUUCUCAGGGCAACACUGCGCUUCAUAUGUGUGGCCAUGUUGACACCAUCCAGUUCCUCGUGUCCAACGGCCUGAAGAUUGACAUCUGUAAUCACAAUGGGGCAACCCCGCUGGUGCUGGCCAAGAGACGGGGAGUGAACAAGGACGCCCUGCGUCUCCUAGAAGGGCUGGAGGAGCAGGAGGUGAAGGGGUUUAACCGCAGCUCUCUCUCCAGCCUGGAGAAGAUGCACUUGGCGGAGAGCGAGAGUGCAAUGGAGAGCCAUUCUCUGCUCAACCCUCACCUCCACCACAGCGAGGGAGUUCUGUCCAGCGUCCGUACAACGUGGCAGGAGUUUGUUGAGGACCUCGGCUUCUGGAGAGUGUUACUUCUCCUGCUGGUCAUUGCCCUGUUGUCGCUGGGAAUCGCCUACUAUGUCAGUGGAGUCCUACCUUUUUCCUCCAAUCAGCUGGAGCUUGUGCAUUAGGCAGCGAAAGCUCUGCAUAUGCCUGCCAGCCUUUGGCAGUGCUCUCAGAGAGACUGUUCCUGACCUAUUGUUUUGUUUUGUUUUGUUUUGUUUUGUUUGUUUUGUUUUGUUUUAAAUGGAUGGUGGUUGCAGCAAAGUCACAAUUAAUGCGACACUCAAACGGCUUUUCAUCUCCCACUAACACGAUAGUAAGUUGUGAAUAUUAAUUUCUGUUAUGCGUUGUGUUAUGUAAAUAGACGUUUUGAAUAUGUUUAAGUGCUUGUGUUUCAUUGUAACCAAGCGACAAGGAACGGUUGAACAUUAAUGCAGCUGUUGCAAAACUGACAUUUCUUUGGAAAAGACAUUUGUUUGAUGUUGUGUUUUGUGGCUUUAACUCUUUUACUGAAAUGAUCA